AUUAAAAGUUAGCAGUCAUCUUGUUUUGCCCUUGAAGGUUAGUAGAAAAAUUUAUCAGGUUGCAAGUUGUAGGGUUGGUCGCGCUGUAACGCUCCGUUAAUAAUGUGAUAAAAUGGUGACAAUUAUUAAUACAGAGUAACGAUCGCCGGCGAACUUCUGGCUCAUGGAAUAAUGGUUCUGGUAUGGAACUAGUCGAUAAUGAUAUUUGGCCUCCCAAUUCGGACUCUUACCUUGCUCAUACCAAACUGGGCAACAUGGCUCUUCCUGCCCCAAAACAACCCGAAAAACUAACUGUGGACUCUAAACCGGACCCUGCAAUUACUUGGUCUAAUAAUCCUUUGAGGCUCUCUAACAAAAUGUCCAUUUGGUCGAGUGAUAUGCAAGUAUCAGAAGUAAAGUCAUCAGGUAAUCACAACCAACAUUGGGGAAGUUCAACUAAACAGAGUGUUUCACUUGUCUAUGAUGAUGUCUGGGACUCAUCUCACGAUCCUGUGUUUCAAGUGUCAAGGGUUACUAGUGGUACUGAUCCUUGGAAGCUUAGUCCAACACAUUGUAUUGGUUCCCUCACAAAUGCGCCCAUUACUAUUGCGGAUCCGGGUGUCUUGGCUGGUACAUCCAGGUCUUCCGACAUACCUCAUGAUAGUCCCGCUAAUAGCCUUCCUUAUGUUACUGCGAUGCUUUCUGGUCUGAAUCUUACUCCUAGGAAUCCCGAUGAACCAACGUCCGAUGUCAAAUCGUCCAUUGUCUGUGCUAACAUGAAUGAUGUUGCGUUCUCAGCAGAACAACUCUGUGACAGACUAAUCAAUACAAACGAGGGUUGGGGGCGACGACCAAUUGAUCAAGCAACACCUUGGGAGCCAUUAGAUCCAAAGUUGGGUGAUCAAGUGAAUCGCAGUGGCAUAACUACACCUACCCCAGGAGCUUGUCCUUCUGGGUUUGUAAGUGGAAGUCUUAGGAUAUCUCAUACCCACUCAGCUGAUUCUAACGUUUGGGCAAGUGGACCGCCAACAGGAACAGGAAUAUGGGAAAUGCACUAUGAAAGUUUAAGUGGACGCUCGGCUGCAUGGCAGGAAGAAUCACAAUCCUCGACUUACCGUGAUGCUUCGUCUGUUACCCAUAUUAGUCCUAGUACUUUAAUAAACUGUAACAUGAACGCCAAUUCUCGAGGUGCAACACCAAUGCCACUUAACAACCGUCGAGACUGGGAAGAUAAUGAAAAUAGACUAUCCAAAAACUGGAGUCUCGGCCACUCUGAAUCCUCAGACCACAGCAGCUCAUUAUGGAACUCGGUGUGUGUGACUGAUAGUGAAGAUAGUGUUAGUGGGGAUAUCAUCCAUAGACGUCCACUAGUAACAGUUGGUUCCAGUCAGGAAACUUCUCGGAAUAGUGGAAAUGUUCAACAAUCCAAUGGUCGUCCUGUACUUGGUAGUGCUCGCCCUAUUGUCCCGACACACAAUCCACCAGACGAGUUCUCGUGGGAUCCUGAUCCGAAUUUUUUGAGGUCCGGUGUCAAUCCGAACGGAAUUGUUUCAUGGGACACGUCACCCAAUAGCGUGGUCAGCACCACUUGGGGGACUCUUGGUACUUCCAGCUUAAUAAGUUCUACACAAACUCACUUCCCACCUGUUUCAGAUGAUGUUAGGCAUCAACAGAACUUCAUGAGUACUAACUCACUUCCUCAGGGAUCUGUAAGUAUUUCUUCUUUAAUAUGUUGAAAUAACAUUUAAAAGUUGAGAAUGAUAUGAUUUUAUAUACAGCCAAAUAGUUUGUUGUACUUAUCAAUGGUGCUGAUUUGAACUGCAUACCGGCAUACGAGGAGGAAGUAAGUGGUCUAGUUUCUAGUCCAAUACUAAAAAGCAAUUGAGCUUACAUAAUAUAAAUUUGCAUUUAUUUUGUAACAAGUAACUCUGACUUUUAUGAAAUGCAUAAAAGUUUUUGUGCGAGUAAUGAUAUGAUAACCAAAACCAUAAUGAGCUUUUGUAUCUCAAUAAGUUACGUUGGAACAGAUUAGUAUACAUAUGGUAAAAAACGUCUAUUGUUUGUUACCUUUGCAUCUUGAAACGCUAACCAAUACCACGUGUCAAAGUGACUAGUGAGGAUCCUAAUUUUGUCUAUGUCGUUUCUUCUACUUAUGUAACAUAGUGUCCCAGAAUUGACCAAUUAUACGUCUGACCAGCACUGUUGACCUAGAGUCGACACAGUCAAACUCAUAUUGCUUCUCUAUCUUUGCUUUGAGACCAGAAAGUCAGUGGCCAGUUUCCAUUAUUACUUUAUGGUAGAACCAUAAUAUUUCGACAGCAAUUCUUAAAUUACAUUGAUAAUCAUUAAGCUAAUGAGAAUAAAAUUUGUAUACAGGAAUAAUUUACUGUAUAAUAAUCCGACAAUUUAGAAUGUAUAAAUAGCUUUUACAUGAAUAAUGAUAGAUUUUCAGUGGAGUUUUCAAUGUUAUAAUCAUAAUAGAUCCGGUAUAUAGACUCGUCCAUAUGACUCCAUAUCAUUUGACCUGUAGAUCCUUUAUAAACUCGAGGAAAAUUUUUCAAUCUGGUCCACAUACGUUGUUAGUAUGAACACCAGUUGUUGGGUCUAUGCUAGGUUUGAAGCAGUACGAGUUCACUUAGACUGCGAACGGAACAAGGACUUGUGUCCAAAAACCAAUAAACUAGCUAUUCUAUUGCGUCCCAGCCCCACUAACUAGAGAGAGAAGUCGAAGUCCGAACGCGGAUAUAUAUUCCGCAGAAAAGACAGAAGCACGAGCGAUAACAACAGACACAAAUCAAAACGUAUAUAUACAGCACAAAACUGUCCUUGGGAAGCGCUACAAAAUAGAAGACACAACGGACCAAUAGCGUUUAAGAUUCUCCCAAGUGGGGAAUACGACAUGAAGGUGAAAAGAGCGCUUUUGGCGUGAAAACAAAGAAAUUCAAAAUUUCAGAAUAAAAUUACAAAAUUAGGUCCUUUUCCGAGUGAGUUCUGGGAUCUAACGUCCCCAACAGUCUACAUAGUGCCUCAUGUACUAACUUGCGAUGAAUAUAUUCGUGUUUAUAAAGAUACCGAUACUCCUUACAUAUGCUUGUGUGAAUUUUUGUUCCUGAUUACACAUGCUGUUUAAUAAUUGGCAGGAGUGUUAGAGCCUUUCUGUUUCGUAUAUAUGUUGGUGAUAUCCUUUUGCGUUUUACAAUCCCGGAUUCCGAAAUCUGUACUACUAAUGCUGAGAAAACUAUUACUUACCCAAUCCACUUUCACACUUCUGCUCGUUAUACUUCCCCUUCCGGACGACAGUUUCAUCAAUUUCUGCGAUCCCGCCAACACAUCCAAAAGAUAUCUUUAGGUUCUUUAGCAUUAUCAAAUAAGUAUCUCGCCAGUAGUAAUACCACUAUUGCUAUGGCUUUUGUUACAUCAGUCAGGACAGCUGCUUGAGUAGCUUGUACUUCCGAAAUUCACCAGAUACAAUUAAUAUGACUUUUAGAAUGUUGGAAGAAUGAAUGGCAUUCUAGUCCAACAAGACUGGCACCGCAAAUCUGUCUCAUCGCAUGACACUAAAACGGGAAUAAUAAGCAGUUUAAUAAUAGUCAAUGGGUUAAACCAAAGCUUAGGGUAAAGAAGAUAUAUAUGCAUAGUAAUUCACAAUAAAAAUAUAAAUAACAAUAGUCCGAAAACCAGUUCCAAAAAUUCCAGUUUGACAAUAUUCGUUGCUCUAUUUUUUUGAUGUAAUUCGUUACUUUCACAAACAGAUGUUUAAUGCAAUGCAUUAUAUCAAUACAGUUUUUUCAUUUUUCUCAGUUUAUCCAGUCUUCCCUGUAAUAAUAUGAUGGUAAUUUCAGUCCAUCUACAAUUAGUCAUCUAAAAACAAAGCUUUACCCACCCUCUAACAUGCAUUUACUUCAGCAUCUGUAAUUACGUAAUUAGAUAUCUUUUUCUUGUAACAUAAACCAUUUCGUAGUAUUGUCCGCUAAUAUCCUUCAUCUAAUACCCUGGAUAUGUUUUCCGUACUUGUUAGCAAGACAUUGAUUGGAUUAAAGCACGUUCCAUACAGGAUUAUGUUAGAACAUAUUGACCCGGUUUUCGCUAGUCAGCGCUAGCAGAUAAUUGGAGGUUAUAGGAUAUUCUUGUGUAAAAUCUUAACAAUACUAACGUUUUUAUUACUGUGACUAUCUCAUUAGACUUGGCUUGUUGUGGAAUAUAAUUACGCACCAGUCCAAGCCGUAUUCUCAUUUUUGGAACUAGUCGAUUAAGGUAAUGUAUCCGAAGAAUACAAAGCAAUUAGGUUGGGCGGGUCGUAUAACAAAAGACUUUACUUCGUACUAUGCUUUUCAGAAGGUAGAUUUGCAUUGCUUACGCUAAGUAGUAUAUAUAUCGUGACUAAAAAUUUUUUAUUUUCCUUAGGAACGAUUACUAAUUCACCCAUACAGUAAUACCUAUCGCGCAGAUCUGGUCAAAUACUUAAUGAGCCAAGGAUUUAAAAGAGAAGAUGCACAUGCUGCGUUAAUUGCCUCCAAUAUGGAACCAGAUAAAGCUAUAGUCGAAUUACGGGAGCGUUACAGCACCAAUAAGGCUAUUAAUGCCAUGACACAGCCUCUAGAGCUUAAUCGUAAUUAUGGAGCUGAUAGCAUUCUGCACGUUGUAACAAGAAACGGACCCAUGUACCAGCUGUCGAAUCAUACGUCUUUAUCACAGUUCGCACCUUCUGGAAAUAACUCUUCGGUGUCUGCACAAAAUCAUCGUCUGAAGCAGUCAGGGUUGUGCGUGUCUACGCAAAGUAAUACAACUCAACUUUUAUCUAUGCAACCAAUCCCUAACUCUCAAUUCAUGCGACAGCAGAUUACACAACAGGUGAUAUGUUCACUCCAAAUUAUUGCAUUAUAUAAUUGUAUAUGCGGUUACACAUCUCUUCUAAUCAUACUGCCUUCAGCAGUCAUCCAAUUGCUGGCUUGUCUUCUGGACUAAAUGUGCUUCUAAGAUGUUGUAGCGCAUAUUGAUUUCCUAACUGAUGCUUUUUUAAAAUGUUUCUUUGAUUUACUAUUGAUUUUAUUGUGAUAAUUAUAUUUUAUAUGCAUUGAAUAAAUGACAGGCUUUAAUCAGUAGACUGAGUCCAUCUAUCAGAGGUGAACUAACUAGUUUAUUUAAAUCGUUUAGGUUGGUGGAACACCAAACCUAGACCUGAAUACUCAACCGUUUUAUUCAGUGAGAUUAAGGCCUCACUGAACUAAAGAUUCAAAAUUUCAACCAUUUCGUUAACUGUCUGAACGCUGUUCUGUUUUAGUUUUUUGAUAUGUUUUGAAUUAACGUAAUAUUUGUACGACUUGUGGUCUAUAAAAUUAGCCCAAGCUUCCUGAGUUCUAAUUUCCGUAUCUUGGUAUCUGAUUAACUGACUAACCCUCGCAGUGUGACCUUCAACCUGAACGUUUUGACUACUGGUUCUCCUUACAACUAUUUGAAUUAGAAGGUUAACACCUAAGGGUUAUCUUUGUAGACUUAUCACUCUUACUGUGACUGGGUCCGAGUUGCUAUGGCAGUUUUGACACCACAGUAGAAACAACUUAUAACUUUAUUAAGUUACCUGAAACAAAGUUCAUUGAUUAUGGUCUUCAACUUUGUCACUCAUUUGUAAUCAAGCACUAAUAGCAUUCGUAAUUUUCCUUUAGGUUCGAUCGGCCUUAAACCUUUCCAUUCCAAGUCCGUUAGGUGUACAGACGAAUGGGAGUGCCACAAUGGGAACCUGUGGUGGUUCGCUUUUGGGAAAGCCUCCAUCUCUUUCCUUAUCAAACGUUAAUUCCAACAUUCAAACUGCAUCGUCUACUAAUCCACAUUCAAGCACUAGCCUACUAACUACUACUAGUUUAUGUCCUAUCAAAAAUAAUCGUACAUCGACUGGACCAGCGUCUUUAAACCAAAACUCAGCGAAAAGGUCGCCUCGUCAAAUUUCGAUCAUAAACUCCAUGAUUGAAUUGCAGAAAAAACAUCAGAGUAUUCAACACCAAUUAAAUAUGUAUAAUAAUAACCCUGCCCUUCGUUCACAACCUCAGUACGCGGACGUAUUUGUUGAACUCCAAGGUCAAAUGCAACAAAUUGAAACUCAGUUACACGGAAAGCGAGCACAGCUUAACAUAACUCGUGCUCAAGAUUCUGUAACACAAUCUGUAAAGAACCCUUUAAUACCAACAAAUGGUUAGUUGUUUAUGGAAGGUAUUUUUCUCAACUUCAGCUGUUAUGCUUCAUAAAGUUAAAAUGAUUGGUUUUGAAUCUUGUACACAAAAUGCACAACAAAUGCAAGAAACUGACAAAAUACCAAAACUGGAACUAUGAUAUGUUUAUAUCGCAGUUUCUUCCGGUAGUCCAAAGUAUAUUAGUCAUUCCAUCCUUUUUUUUUACUUGAAGUAAUCACCUUCCCUCCAAAUCAUUAUUAUAGCGAUAAACAAGGUUUUUUAUUCGGAAAAGAGUUUCCACACAUGCUACCUGAACUUAGUUCCCAGUAAACAAGUUUUUGUCACCUGAUCAGUCAUUCACAUUCUACGUACAACCUGGCACUUGUGCAUCGGUUCAAGUUGCCACACCAUAUCAUAGUGAGAUAAUUCCAGUAGUAGAACCAGUGACUGCAUUAGUGGUAAAUGAAAAGAUUGCUCACAGAAGACAUGAUCCGAGAAAAUUAAAUUGGUGGGGUAAAAAAUUGUUUUUACGGUAAUUAAAAUCUAAGGGAAGACAAAGUGUAAAUGUACCUGCACUGUUGCAAACUAUUCUGAGCCAUGUUGCUCAAAGUCUUCGGCCAUUGGUUGCGAUAAUCAUGUGGACUACAACCAGGUAGUUUGUACCUUCCUACACGACUUAGUCCAACUGUCAGUUACUUCAUGGACUGAUCCCACGUUCCAGGUUUUCAAUGGUGGUCUAACAUCAAUCGGUUCAUGAUCGCGAUAAAAAAACAAUACUAAUAAUCGAUGAAUAUGUUCUACUUUUACAGGCCACGUUCCAUAAUUACAAAGUAAAACAGAAAUGAUGAGCAAAUUCCCCCAUUAGUUGACAGGCGGAUAUCUAGUCUACACCAUAAGUGACGCAAGUUAGCCUAAUUUUAAGUUGUCUUCACUGCUCAUCGUGUUCAGAGCCCGAAGAGAUGAGUAUCUAAGCAUCUAACAAUUCUGUGAACGCCACCAAAAUCCAGUCUAUAUUAACCUUUUGUUUAAAUAAUUGGUAGGUAUCGCUUGUCAGUCUGGUGUUUUGUUUUCUUUUUAGGUACCGAUAUUUCUGAUAACUCGUUUCCUGCUAUUGGAACAUGGAUAUCUCCUUCACCACAAUGUGGCGAAAACUUUGAUAAAAACGUCAUGGAUGGAUCAGGUAUGUGAAAUAAAAUACUCUGUUUUCAUCCUCAGUAACGUAAAAAUCCGCGAAACAUAGAAUUGGUCUCGUUGAUUUCUAAGCCGUUGAAAUUAUAUCAAUUUCGUUUCACUACUGUGCUCAUACCGGCAAGGUGACUAAAUGCUCUGGAUAGCUUUUAAAUUGUUUCCGUCGUUUACUACAGUAUACAUGUAUCUUAUUCGUUAGUUCAACUUUUUAUUUGAAUUUCAGCUUUUUCUAAUGUAAUCCAAAAGUGAGACAAUUGUAUAGACAAUAUAUUACAAGUCGAGGAGCUUGUCAGUCAAUUGUUAAGAUGAAACGUUCACUCGAAUAUGUUUUGACAUGAUAUCCCGAGAUCGAUAUGAAUAACGAUGUUUCCUAGCACUUAUUUAAACAAAAGGUUAAUAUAGACUGGAUUUUGGUGGCGUUCACAGAAUUGUUAGAUGCUUAGAUACUCAUCUCUUCGGGCUCUGAACACGAUGAGCAGUGAAGACAACUUAAAAUUAGGCUAACUUGCGUCACUUAUGGUGUAGACUAGAUAUCCGCCUGUCAACUAAUGGGGGAAUUUGCUCAUCAUUUCUGUUUUACUUUGUAAUUAUGGAACGUGGCCUGUAAAAGUAGAACAUAUUCAUCGAUUAUUAGUAUUGUUUUUUUAUCGCGAUCAUGAACCGAUUGAUGUUAGACCACCAUUGAAAACCUGGAACGUGGGAUCAGUCCAUGAAGUAACUGACAGUUGGACUAAGUCGUGUAGGAAGGUACAAACUACCUGGUUGUAGUCCACAUGAUUAUCGCAACCAAUGGCCGAAGACUUUGAGCAACAUGGCUCAGAAUAGUUUGCAACAGUGCAGGUACAUUUACACUUUGUCUUCCCUUAGAUUUUAAUUACCGUAAAAACAAUUUUUUACCCCACCAAUUUAAUUUUCUCGGAUCAUGUCUUCUGUGAGCAAUCUUUUCAUUUACCACUAAUGCAGUCACUGGUUCUACUACUGGAAUUAUCUCACUAUGAUAUGGUGUGGCAACUUGAACCGAUGCACAAGUGCCAGGUUAUACGUUGCAUAUAAAUUACGGAAUAUAGUUUUCAAUUACAAUUGGUUUAUAUUUCCAUCUAUUUUGCUGUUGGUGAGUAUUUUCGAAACAGGUCAUUUAGCGGAUUUCCUUAUUUCAAACUAAAGUGUGCUUAAUUGAUAUUUCUUUUUGCAAUACUCUCGCUAUUUUUUUAUAGCUUCUAAGUUGAACAACUUCACGCGCACUCCUUGCAAAAUAUCUGGUAGUUGGUCUCCUACCUGGUCUUCAUCUGUUAUAAAUCCAUCCUGUCCAAAUAUUCGAUCCAUUCAUAAUCAAUGGCAACUAAUACAUAAUCAACAACGAUGUGCUUUAGAGAGUAACUUGAAGUUUCCGGUGUCAAAAAAUAAUCCUUCGAGUACCCUAUCUAUUGAAGCUCAAGGUCAAUGGCUACUAGUGCAACCACUCUUAGGAUGGAACGGUACAAACAUUCACAGCCUGCAAAACAUUUUAUCAAAUCAUUUUAAACUUACUAGUUUUCAUGUUUUGAAUCCAAGCAGCUGUAGUGUACUUAUAAGGCUUCAAAAUAUAGAGGACUCACUGCAGUUAGUGAAGUUUUUUGGCGACCGUUUAUCUGUAGAACCGUUGUCUGAUCACGAUGCUCGCGUUCAUUUGCAACAGCUAUCUUUGAACGCUUGUGGAGAUGGCCUAAUAUCCAAUCACUUUAAUACGUCAUCUGAUAUACAUGCCACACCACCUAGUUUAAAUAGCAAUGGACAGUUUUACUCCCCCAUGAAUUCAAAUAACAAAAAGCCUAAUCCUCAUAUAGCUCGUUUUGGAAUAACUGUAUGUGGAAGCAAGUAAAGAUUUAUAUUUGUGAGAAAGAUGGUCGUCUCAUGGAAUCUCUUUUAUUCUCUGAAUAUCUUAGGGAAGUCUUCCAAUUUCAACGCUUUCGCGUUCAGAUUCACGUCUCUGAAGCGCAGCCAAUCUGUCAGUAUAAAAGUUAAUGACUAACUUAAGUUAUGCUCAAGUUUUGCCAGUAUGUAUUACUCUUUGAAUACCCCUAUUUAGUUCAUCGUUUGCUGUGCCUAAGAACAUUCUGUGAUCCAAUAUUAUUACAAUCAUACGUUUUGGAUUUACAAAAUUAUAUACGGAUCAAAACUAGUCAGAAUUGCCUUGUAAAUUAUAAACAUCCUCUUUAUCCAUAUUUUCCCCAUCUGAUAUAUAUAUAUAUAUAUACCUCAUUGCCUUUCAAUCAUCAUUAAUUCUGUGUUUGUGAAUGUAUCCUGACUGUUUGUCUGUUGAAUGUUGCAGUUUCGUUUUUAAACCGUUCAGUUUUAGUAGUCUUUCAUUUGUGUGCUUUUUGGACAGCCUCUAUGAUCUGUAAAUCGUUUCAUUAUUUAUCUUUUUGUAAAGAGACUUCUAGUAUCGCUAAUGAUUCAGUCUGUUUCUGGUUUAUAAGUCAAGUGUUUCCCUCGUCCAUUUUGAAUAGUAUCUAGUUUGUCCUAAAUAUUAUAUGGUUGAUAUACCUAUAAUUAAUUUGUACUCUUUUGAUUUCCCUCUAUAUGUAGUACAUUUUGUGUGUUUUCAGUGAGCUAAUCAAAGCUAAACUGAGGAUGUAUUUUUUCAUCUUAGUACAACAUAGACCAUGUCCAUUGAUAGCCCCUAACUGUGAUGUAUUUAAUUAUGCUCAUUGUUCUAAUUUUCUCAUCAUUUCUCUCGUCUUUAAAAUGCAAAAAAUAUUUGGUCUUCAACUCUAAAUACACUGUCUUAACUGUAGACCGGUGCAAUAUGUUUCUUGUCCCUCAAAUUGUGCUCUGAACAUUACUUACCUACCUCUUAAUAGCAGUAAAUUCGUUUGAUAAGCUUAUAGUCCAUGCACCGUGUGUAUGAUCAGUAAUACUUUUGACGACAAUAAGUGUGCAUCCUAUAUUAUCAAAUUAUCGCUUAAUAAUUAUAAUAAAAGAACUAUAACCUACUCUGUCAUCAGAAGUGUUUAAUUUUUGCAGAUCCAGCCGAAAUUACACAAAUCCAUUAUCAUGAAUAUUAGUGUCUUUGAUAUAUAUAUAUAUAUAUAUAUAUAUAUAUAUAUAUAUAUAUAUAUAUAUAUAUAUAUAUAUAUAUAUAUAUAUAUAUAUAUAUUCCAAUCAAAUGGUCAUCCGUUAUGUACUUUGCUUGUAAUUGUUGCAUCCAGUUUUUCUCUGCACAAUGGUCAAUCUAAAAAUCAAACUAUGCUUUUCUGCUUCUCUUCAGUACGUAUGAAUAUAUACUUAUCCCGUUUUAUUUAAUUAUUUUGAACUCUGAAUAAUUCUGGCUGUUUAUCACAAACCAUUCUGAGUUAGUCUUUCUAAUUCUCAUGUCUUGUUGUUGAUGAUUGCAUUUUCCUUUAAUAAUUCUAGAUAUAACUAUACUUUUGUGGUUACCUUUCUGUAUAUUCUGUCUGAAUUGUUUUUACGCAGUCGAUUUUGUUAUCACAACGACUAAGUUCUUUAAUUUAUCAUGUCAUGUGCUCUGUUUUUCUUUGCUAAAUAACUCAUUCCGGUGCAAAGCUAUAUUAUGUUGCCAAACUUAUUUAAAUCGCAUAGUCUGUAUUUUCCCUUGUUUUUUAAUUUCUACCACAUCUUGAAAAUAUCUUCAUUUUUUUAACUUAGUGGAUUGUGAAAUUAUUCUGCCCACUUAUUACCUUUUACUCUAACCUGUGAUCAGAUCCAUGUGUUGUAGCUACUGCGCACCUAUCUCGCGUAUUUUGAUGUAUUAUUUUUCAUUCCAUUUAUGGGCCAUUGUUUUUCUUUUAUCGUUAUGUUCGUGUCUUAAAUGUUAACUGAUCUACAUUUCCAGGGAUCCAGAACAUUUUGUGAUGCUUUUCGUGCCUGUGCUAACUGACUAGUUAGCAUUAUUCAUAUCACGUGUGCUUCCACUCAAUUCUGUUUACAGCUGCAAAACAAUGUAGGAAGUGGACUCACAUAAAAUAAUUGAAAGCACCAUAUUUUAUUCAAAACUUCUUUGGUUGUGUUCAACAUAGUCCCAUAUUUCUCCACAUAUCCUGGGUGCUCACAGAUCUGUGUAAACUUUCAUACUUCAGAAAUCAUUGUGCUCUGUUUUGCAACCUCUUGAUUCAAUGUAUUGAAUCCAAUAGGUCGUCCAGUUUCAUUUUCAAAUCCUAAUUUUGUUGGGACUCAGCAUUCUUUUUUUCUGUGUCCAGUAUUGAAUUUGCAGUCUUGUUAAGCAUAAUCAUGAAUUUGAAAAAAUUACCGGAUUUUAUUUUAUGACAGAUUUGCCGUUCCUUCACUUUAUGUUCAUUGAUUAUUUCUGUCAUUCUCAUAUCCUAUCACCUACUCUUCUCAUCACCCUUGCUGUGCUGAUACUAAUUAUUAUCCAGUAAAGCAUUAUGGUAUCUUAAUUGUUUUUUUUAUAUAGCAAAAUUCGGCUGGUUCCAGGGACCUUUAUUUUAUCCAAUUCCUGUAAGACAAUGUUCUCUUUGAAUUAUGAUAAUUAAUGAAGCUAAAAGGUCUUUAGAUUAUUUGCGUGACUUCUUACUGGUUCCCAAUAUCGUCUGUCUAUUUUCAUCGUUGUUUCCAGCUCAGCUUUCUGGACUUGCCAUUUUUGCGCCAAGUUGUUUCACUAAUUACUGACUAUUUAGCAUUGUUUGCUGUGCCCAGUGGACAAAGGUUUUUUGAAAAUAUUUCAAGCUGUCUUGUUGUUUUCAUUGCUGCUUCUGAGUUUGGUUUAUGAACGUUUCAGUGUGUUCCAUAUUUUCUACAUGGAUAGUUAAUUCGGAUUUCAUAUUUGAAUCAUCUGAUUAAUUCUUAAAAAAUAUUUGUUCAUUCUGUUGGACAAUAAAUCUUUACGUCG